ACCUCUUUGACGAACUAUUCAACUAGUAGCCUUUCAACCGAUAGAUAACAUUUUAAAAUAUUAGUUUUUACAUUUAUUCUGGUUCGUUUUUCCUCUAGGUCGCCGCGUAAUAAUGUGUCCUUCGCUAUUAACUAGUAGAUAGCUCGUCCUUGUGAGGUGUAAUAAAUAUUAUUGUUAUUCGGUUGCAAUAUUUGAACAAAUAGGAGAGAAAACGUUUCACUUUCGGCUUAACGGUCUACUUCUGAUCCAAGGUGAAAGUCGUAUUGUUAAGACACUUGUUAACUGUUAUCGUCUCGUAUUCAGUGCGUUUCUACAAGUGAAGUUUUAUGCGUUGUUAUUGACAUCUUCUACCAUUUCUUUUUUCGUGAAUUGGUUGAAAACCGCUCUGGACCGUCCGAAAAUGAUCCAGAGGCGAAAUUCGAAGCGGUUCAUCCUCGGAGAGCUGGACGUAGGUCCUGCCAACACGUCCGGCGUCGAAAUGAUCCUCGAUCUCGCAGAAGAGCCACGGACGGAAGAGACGGAAAUCACCUCAGACACAGCUCUUGCCGGCGACGACUCGUUCGGUCGUCAUCUGUCAGUCGACGCACCCCCGACGCUCACAGAAAUUCAGAAAUGGAGAAGUCCAAAAUCACUCAAAGGACGAAUCACGCCCAGCAUGUCUCAAGGGACAGUGAUACAUCAAAGGCAGCUGGAAAAGGAUUUCACCGUCGCAACUCCAGAAGAAUUCGUCAAAAGAUUCAAGGGCACAAAAGUUAUUAACAAGGUUUUAAUUGCAAACAAUGGUAUUGCGGCCGUUAAAUGUAUGCGAUCAAUUCGGCGAUGGUCGUAUGAAAUGUUUAAAAAUGAGAGAGCAAUUAGGUUUGUUGUUAUGGUCACCCCAGAAGAUCUUAAAGCAAAUGCUGAAUAUAUAAAAAUGGCUGAUCACUAUGUGCCGGUGCCAGGAGGUUCAAAUAACAACAAUUACGCAAAUGUUGAGCUUAUUGUUGAUUUAGCUAUUAGGACACAAGUUCAGGCUGUCUGGGCUGGAUGGGGACAUGCUUCAGAAAACCCAAAACUGCCAGAACUUCUGCAUAAAAAUAAUAUUGCCUUCAUCGGUCCUCCUGAGAAGGCUAUGUGGGCCUUGGGUGAUAAAAUUGCUUCUAGUAUUGUAGCACAAACUGCUGAAAUUCCCACUCUCCCUUGGUCUGGAUCUGAAUUGAAAGCGCACUACUCUGGUAAAAAAAUUAAGAUUAGUUCAGAUUUGUACAAAAAAGGCUGUGUAUCGAAUGCAGAAGAAGGCUUAGCUUCUGCCCAGAAAAUUGGUUUUCCUGUAAUGAUUAAGGCUAGUGAAGGUGGUGGAGGAAAAGGAAUCAGGAAAGCCGAGACUUCUGAAGAAUUUCCUAGUCUCUUUAGACAAGUUCAAUCUGAAGUUCCCGGGUCGCCAAUAUUCAUUAUGAAACUUGCUACAUGUGCUCGCCAUUUAGAAGUCCAGCUUCUUGCGGAUCAGUAUGGCAACGCUAUCUCUCUUUUUGGAAGAGAUUGUUCAAUUCAAAGAAGGCAUCAAAAGAUUAUAGAAGAGGCACCAGCAGUUAUUGCCAAGCCUGAAGUUUUUGAAGCUAUGGAAAAGGCAGCAGUAAGACUUGCUAAAAUGGUCGGUUAUGUUAGUGCCGGAACUGUUGAGUAUUUAUACGACACCGAGGGAUUUUAUUAUUUUCUCGAAUUGAACCCAAGACUUCAGGUGGAGCAUCCAUGCACAGAAAUGGUCUCUGAUGUUAACCUGCCAGCUGCUCAACUUCAGGUUGCUAUGGGUUUACCUUUACAUAGCAUAAAAGACAUACGAGUUUUGUAUGGUGAGUCACCAUGGGGUGAUUCUUUGAUUGAUUUUGAUGAACCCAGGCAUAAACCACAACCUUGGGGUCAUGUUAUAGCUGCAAGGAUAACGAGUGAAAAUCCAGAUGAAGGUUUCAAGCCCAGUUCUGGAACGGUACAAGAAUUGAACUUCAGAUCUUCAAAAAAUGUUUGGGGAUAUUUCAGUGUUGCUGCCUCUGGUGGUCUCCACGAAUAUGCCGAUUCUCAAUUUGGUCAUUGUUUCUCAUGGGGAGAAAAUAGAGAACAAGCUAGAGAGAAUUUAGUAAUUGCACUUAAGGAACUUUCAAUCCGAGGUGACUUUAGAACAACAGUUGAAUACCUCAUUACUCUUUUAGAAACGGAGUCAUUUCAAUUAAAUACGAUUGACACUGCUUGGUUGGACAUACUAAUAGCUGAGAGGGUUCAGGCUGAAAAACCAGAUGUUCUAUUAGGAGUUAUUUGUGGUGCCUUACAUAUUGCCGAUCGAAAAGUCAUCGAUGCAUUUUCAAGUUUUCAAAAUUCAAUGGAAAGAGGACAGAUUCAAGGAUGCAAUACACUCGAUCAUAUCGUAAACGUAGAGCUGAUCCAUGAUGGGUAUAAGUACAAAGUGCAGGCCACUAAAUCUGGUGCAAACUCGUAUUUCCUUGUGAUGAAUGGGACUUUCAAAGAGAUUGAAGUUCACAGAUUAUCUGAUGGAGGUAUAUUACUUUCUCUCGAUGGAUCCAGUUUCACAACUUAUAUGCGAGAAGAAGUAGAUCGUUACCGAAUUGUUGUUGGUAAUCAAACUUGUGUAUUUGAAAAAGAAAAUGAUCCUUCCCUUCUUAGAUCUCCUUCUGCUGGAAAGCUUCUCAGUCUAAUUGUCGAAGACGGGGGCCAUGUUAACAAAGGCCAAACAUAUGCUGAAAUUGAGGUGAUGAAAAUGGUUAUGACACUUACAGCAUCAGAAGCCGGAACUAUUAUGUAUACUAAAAGACCUGGUGCCGUACUUGAUGCUGGCACUGUCAUUGGACAUUUAGACCUUGAUGACCCUUCAUUGGUUACAAAAGCACAAGAUUAUAAAGGGUUGUUUCCUGAAUUGGACGUUUCCACACCUACUGUUGGUGAUAAAUUAAAUCAUAAACAUAACCAUUAUAGGCAGAUGCUCGACAAUAUUCUAGCAGGUUACUGUUUACCGGAGCCGUAUCAUUUAAUGAGGUUGAGAGAAGUUAUUGAGAAGUUUAUGUCCUCACUUCGAGAUCCUAGCCUACCUUUGCUCGAGUUACAAGAAGUUAUUGCUUCAAUAUCAGGAAGAAUUCCUUUGUCGGUCGAAAAGAAAAUUAGAAAAUUAAUGACGCUAUAUGAAAGAAAUAUUACGUCAGUCCUUGCUCAAUUUCCUAGCCAACAAAUUGCAAGUGUUAUUGAUAGUCAUGCAGCGACUCUUCAAAAACGUGCGGAUAGAGAUAACUUCUUCCUAACUACUCAGGGAAUCGUGCAGCUUGUUCAGAGAUACCGGAAUGGAAUUAGAGGAAGGAUGAAAUCUGCUGUACAUGAACUUCUCAGGCAAUAUUAUGACGUUGAAAGCCAAUUCCAACAAGGUCAUUAUGACAAAUGUGUAACUGCGAUCAGGGAGAAACAUAAGGAUGACAUGGCUGCAGUAACAUCGACCAUAUUCUCCCAUGGACAAGUUGCCAAGAAAAACAUGCUUGUAACAAUGCUUAUCGAUCAUCUUUGGUCAAAUGAGCCAGGACUUACAGAUGAAUUAGCCAGUACACUUAACGAAUUGACAUCGCUUAACAGAAGUGAACAUUCUAGAGUAGCCCUUAGAGCAAGACAAGUUUUAAUAGCCGCUCAUCAACCAGCCUAUGAAUUGAGACAUAAUCAAAUGGAGUCUAUUUUCCUUUCGGCUGUAGACAUGUACGGCCAUGAUUUCCACCCGGAAAAUCUUCAAAAAUUAAUUCAGUCUGAAACAUCCAUUUUUGACAUUCUUCAUGAUUUCUUCUAUCAUACCAAUCGUGCAGUUUGCAAUGCUGCACUGGAAGUUUACGUGAGGAGAGUUUACAUUUCUUAUGAUGUAACUUGCUUGCAACACCAAGAGCUCAGUGGAGAAGUGCCACUUGUCCAUUUUCAAUUCCUACUACCAUCUUCACAUCCUAAUAGGCAGAAGCUUAGUGAUGUAUCAUGUGUUCCUGGUGGACCAACGAUACUGCACAGCCCUCAAAGGACUGGUUGCAUGGCUGCGUUUGAUACGUUCCAUUCUUUUGAAACUUACUUUGAUGAGAUUUUGGACAUUUUAGAAGACUUCACCAAUCCCGCUUUUGUAUCUCCAAAAUUAAUUGAAGCUGUUGAAAAUGCGACUGACUCGAAGAGCACAUCUAUUAAUGUUUCACUAACUAUGGGGGAUGCACAGAUUCCAGAGACUGAAAAUAUUCAGGUCGAACCUAUACAUAUUAUCUGUAUUGCAAUAAAAGACAAUGGAGACAUGGAAGAUGUUAAAUUGAGCAGGAUGUUUGGUGAUUUUUGUGCUAAACACAGAGAGGAGCUCAUAUCACAUUCAAUAAGAAGAGUUACAUUCUUAGCACUUAAUAAGCGGCAAUUCCCCAAGUUGUUUACAUACAGAAACUGUGAUAAUUUUGCUGAGGAUACAAUUUACAGACAUUUAGAGCCAGGUAUGGCAUUCCAGCUUGAAUUGAAUAGAAUGAAGACUUACGACUUGGAAGCCGUUCCUACAUCAAAUAGAAAAAUGUAUCUUUACUUAGGGAAAGCCAAGGUAGCAAAGGGCCAGUCUGUGACAGAUUACAGAUUUUUCAUCCGAUCCAUUAUCCGUCAUUCGGACUUAAUAACAAAGGAGGCGUCGUUUGAAUAUCUCCAGAAUGAGGGAGAACGAGUGCUUUUAGAAGCGAUGGAUGAACUGGAAGUAGCUUUUUCACAUCCUUUAGCAAGAAGGACUGACUGUAAUCACAUAUUCUUGAACUUUGUUCCCACCGUUAUAAUGGACCCUGGAAAGAUUGAAGAAAGUGUGACAAACAUGGUAAUGAGAUAUGGGCCGAGGUUGUGGAAACUCCGAGUACUUCAAGCAGAACUAAGAAUGACAAUAAGGCCUAAUCCUUCUGCGUCAACUACCAAUAUAAGGUUGUGCUUAGCAAAUGACAGUGGCUAUUUCUUGGAAAUACACACAUAUAGAGAGGUUUUAGACCAGAAGAGUGGCGUGAUCAAGUUAGAAGCUUUUGGGCCCAAAACUGGGCCGAUGCAUGGCCUACCUGUGUCAACUCCCUACGUGACAAAAGAUUAUUUACAACAAAAAAGAUUCCAAGCACAAAGCAGUGGUACAACUUACGUGUAUGAUUUUCCUGAUAUAUUUAAACAAGUUCUCGAACGUCAUUGGAAAGAUUAUUUACAACAAAGGCCAAAUGAGCAAAUAGUCGUUCCAACACCUGUCAUAAACAGUGUCGAGCUGGUUGUCGAGGGAGAUAACUUGAUUGAAAUGAAAAGGCUUCCUGGAGAAAACAAUGUCGGAAUGGUAGCCUGGAGGCUCACACUUUUCACACCGGAAUAUCCUGAGGGAAGAGACAUAAUUCUUAUUGCUAAUGACAUUACCUACCUCAUUGGAUCAUUUGGACCCAAGGAAGAUAUAGUAUUUUGUAGAGCCUCAGAGCUAGCUAGGAAACUUAAAAUUCCAAGAAUCUACAUAUCUGUAAACAGUGGAGCAAGAAUCGGUUUGGCUGAAGAAGUAAAAAGUCUUUUUAAAAUAGCAUGGGAAGACCCCGAUUCACCAGAUAAAGGUUUUAAAUAUGUAUAUCUCACAACAGAAGACUACACAAAAGUCUCUUCCAUGAAUUCUGUACAUGCAAUUUUAAUUGAAGAUGAGGGAGAGCCAAGAUACAAAAUCACAGAUAUUAUAGGCAAAGAUGAUGGUUUGGGCGUUGAAAAUUUAAGCCAUGCAGGAAUGAUCGCUGGUGAAACUUCUCAGGCCUAUAAUGAAAUAAUUACAAUAUCUAUGGUCUCUUGUAGAGCAAUUGGUAUCGGCUCUUAUCUUGUUAGGCUCGGACAAAGGGUUAUACAAAUAGAAAAUUCUCAUAUAAUUUUGACAGGAUACAGCGCUUUAAAUAAGUUACUUGGUAGAGAAGUUUAUGCUUCUAAUAAUCAACUUGGUGGUGUGCAAAUCAUGUAUAACAACGGUGUAUCUCAUAAAACUGAACCUCGAGACUUUGAUGGAAUAAAUGCCAUUGUGCGCUGGCUUUCUUAUAUGCCAAAGGACAAAACGUCUCUUCUCCCAAUAAUAACACCCAUUGAUCCUAUCGACAGAGAAAUUACUUAUACACCGACAAAAGCGCCUUACGAUCCACGUUGGAUGCUCGAGGGAAGAAGAAGCCCAAGCAAUCCAGAAAUUUGGGAAAGUGGUUUUUUCGACCAUGGAAGUUGGGACGAGGUGAUGAGGCCAUGGGCCCAAACGGUGGUUGUGGGGCGAGCCAGACUUGGUGGAAUACCUCUCGGUGUCAUUGCCGUUGAAACGAGAACAGUCGAAGUGCAACUUCCUGCAGACCCUGCUAAUCCAGACUCAGAAGCAAAAACACUUUCUCAAGCUGGCCAAGUUUGGUUUCCUGAUUCGGCCUAUAAAACAUCACAAGCAAUAAAAGAUUUUGGUCAUGAAAAUUUGCCCCUUAUGAUAUUUGCCAAUUGGAGAGGAUUUUCAGGUGGAAUGAAAGAUAUGUAUGAGCAAGUUAUAAAAUUUGGCGCUUACAUUGUUGAUGGAUUAAGAGAGUAUACUCAGCCAAUUAUAAUUUACAUCCCACCUAAUGGUGAACUUAGAGGUGGAGCUUGGGCUGUUGUGGAUCCUACGAUCAACCCUACACAUAUGGAAAUGUAUGCCGAUCCUGACAGCAGAGGUGGUGUUUUGGAACCUGAAGGAAUAGUAGAAAUUAAAUUCAGGAUGAAAGAUUUAGUCAAAGUAAUGGCAAGAUUGGAUCCAGAAUUAAUAAAGUUUCGAGAAAGGCUAGCAGAAAAUGUGAGCAAUGAAGAGAAAGCAGAAUUGGAGGAAAAAAUUAAAAAUAGAGAAAAGUACCUAACCCCUAUGUACCACCAAGUAGCUGUACAUUUUGCCGAUCUUCAUGACACACCAGAGCGCAUGCAAGAAAAAGGCGUUAUUCAAGAUAUCGUUCCAUGGAGGAAUUCUAGAAGCAUAUUGCAUUGGCGCUUAAGAAGACUCCUUCUUCAAAACAUAAUCAAAAGAAAUAUGAUCAAGAUGCAGCCUUCUCUUAAUGAUGGUCAAGCCCAAGCAAUGCUCCGUAGAUGGUUUAUUGAAGAAAAAGGAACUACUGAGUCAUAUCUGUGGGAUACUAAUCGAGCUGUGGUUUCAUGGCUGGAAUAUCAGUUAAGCAUAGGGGAAACAGGAGAAUCAAUCAUUGCUAAAAAUAUGAAAAGUGUUCAGCGUGAUGCUAUUAUUAACCAAAUAAAGAAUGCAUUAGAUGAAAGCCCUGAUGUUGCAAUGGAUGCUUUAGUUGAACUUUUUGAGACGUUAACUCCAUUGAAGAGGUCUGAAGCACUACGGACGUUGUCACAUUUAGAGACUUUCAGCCCAUCGCCUGGUCUGGCUGAUAUACAAAAUACACCUCAUUCAGAAACAUGAGGGUUACCAUACACCUGGGGGGGUCAAUUCAACACUUACAAAAGUAUCUUGUGAUCGUAGGAUAGAUGUUUUAGUUUAGUUCCCGAGCGUCACAUAAUGUUAACAAGCUAAAUGUGCAUGCAAAUGAUUUGUAUUUUUGAAAUUCAAACUGUGUGAGCAUAGUUUAUAAAAAAAAAGACAUAUAGAAGUGUUAGGUAAUAAUGCUAGUGAUUUGAAUUAUGAUAGGCUGGCAUGUAAAGGUGUGUAGAACUGAAUUUUUUGUAGAUUUGUUUUUAGCCUUUAUUUAAUUACACUGAAAACUAAGAUUUAAAGCUGUUUUAAAAGCCAAGACCACGUGUUUGGUGAACCAAAUACUGUAAAAUAUAAUUUGUAAUUAAAUUGACAUAUAUUUUUAUAUAAAUGUGGUGUGAAUUUUGAAAAGUUCACUUUAAUUAAUAGCUGAUUCUAAAUGUUUAUAUUAUUUAUAUUCAUCAAAUCAUUUGUAUAUUAAGGACUAUAAGUUAGAUUGAACACAUUUAAAUAAAUUGUAGAAAUGUUUCUUAUUUUUAUAAUGUGUACUUACUGUACAGGGAUAAAUUUUUGAUUAAAAGGUAUUUGAAGUUAA